AGAAUAAUUGUCACGCUUAAUCGUUGAGAUCCAGAGGAGAAAUCAAAAUAAAAAGAAAAAUGUGCUGCAGAAAAGCAAAAAGCGUAGCAGAUUAGUAAUAAUGGUACUUGGAGAAAGAAGGCAUCUACUGGUACCAACUAGUUUCCAAUAAGACAUCUUGGAUUCUUCAACAGCUUAGUAAAGUCAGCAUCUAGUGCACCCACAUCACCGACCAGAGCCAGUUCCAAUUUAAUCACCUUUACCCCUCCUAUUAAAUUACUCUCUCUCUCUCUCCACACGUCCACGGCCCACCCUUCUUCCAUUUCACUCCGCAGCCCAGGCCCCGCCUCCUUUUUGGUUUGCCGUCACUCCUCUGUCCUCAGUCAGACUCUUUCCUUUUUAACAUCAGAUCCAUUUUCUUAUAUCCCUCAAAAAUUGAAUCUUUUUCUUGAUAUCAAGCACACCUUUCACGCUUUUGAAGAAAAGUGAACAGAAAUCAGAUGGGUGGUGAAGGGAAAGUUUUCACCUUGGCUCAAGUGUCUGAGCACAACAAUCCCAAUGACUGUUGGUUGAUUAUCGGCGGCAAGGUUUAUGACGUGACAAAUUUUUUGGAAGACCAUCCUGGUGGUGACGAGGUUUUGUUGUCUGCUACAGGGAAAGAUGCAACUGAUGAUUUUGAGGAUGUGGGUCAUAGCACGAGUGCUAGAGAAAUGAUGGAUAAAUACUAUGUUGGAGAGAUUGAUCCCUUAACCAUCCCUAAGAAGGCUGCAUAUAAUCCUCCUAAGCAGCGUCACUACAAUCAGGAUAAGACCUCUGAGUUCAUUAUCAAGCUCCUGCAAUUCCUGGUUCCCCUUGCUGUAUUGGGUUUGGCUUUUGGUAUCCGCAUCUACACAAAAUCAAAUUAAGAUCAUUGAAUCCAUCGUAUGAUAAACAUUUCAGAAUUUAUUACUGCUAUUAGGGCCUGUCCCUUUGUCCUAGUCUAGUCUAGUCUAGCAAUUAAAGCUUGUUUCUUUGGUUUCUCAUCAUGUCAACGUUUAGAAUCAUAUAAUCUUGACUCCUGUACCCCAGUUAUCCUAUUUACAGCUCUCAGUUAUUGGAAAUUAAAGACGCUAAUCUGUCUUAUUUUUAAUUCUCAUGUUUGUUUAAUUGUGAUUUACAGACUCUUCCAUGUUUCCACAUGAGUCUUUGGUGCUGUAUUAUAAAUAUUAGCACCAACUCUCAAACAAGAAAUAUAAUAAUCCUAUAUGAUGAUAUGUUGAGAAGUUUUAUAGGAGGCA